UCUCACAAGGGCUACAGUGCAGUUUUCCAUUCAGGGGAACAUAUCCCGUGACAAUAACGGACUCCUCCAGGCACUGCGAGACAUCUGAGCCUUCAGUCUGGAGUGCACAAGCUUGAAGUUUGCGUCUGAAGAGCUCAUUGGAAAGGAAGAGUUUUAUUGCAAGUGAGGCACGUUUAACGGCGCUUUAGGAGUCGCACAGCAGGGGCCAAUGGGAGUGUGGAAUCUGGCCAAGGUGGUGCUCGGAUGGGCCGCAAUCUGGUGGGCCGCGGUCCAUUCGGCGCAGGCGCAAGGAGAUGGAGACAUCCAGGCCAGUCGAUUCACUGGAAAACCUGAGGGGGAGGUGCAACAGAGGGUCCGUCGGAGAGGCCAGGAGUCCCUCAGGGGGCCCAACGUAUGUGGUUCCCGCUUCCACUCCUAUUGUUGUCCAGGGUGGAAAACGCUUCCCGGUGGGAACCAGUGUAUAGUUCCGAUCUGUAGGAACUCGUGUGGGGAUGGCUUUUGCUCGAGGCCCAACAUGUGUACCUGCUCCAGUGGUCAUCUUGCCCCCAGCUGUGGUGCGGCCGCAGUCCAGUCCUGCAGCAUCAGAUGCAUGAAUGGAGGGGUCUGUAAUGAAGAUGCCUGCUCGUGUCAGAAGGGCUACACAGGAAAUCACUGUGGACAGCCUGUGUGCGAGAGCGGAUGUCAAAAUGGCGGACGUUGUAUUGGACCCAACAGAUGUGCUUGUGUCUACGGUUUUACUGGGCCGCAGUGCGAGAGAGACUACAGGACCGGGCCAUGCUUCACACAAGUCAACAACCAGAUGUGCCAAGGUCAGCUGAGUGGCAUCGUGUGCACCAAGACGUUGUGUUGCGCCACCAUCGGGCGAGCAUGGGGUCACCCAUGCGAGAUGUGCCCUGCCCAACCCCACCCUUGCCGAAGAGGUUUCAUCCCCAACAUCCGCACUGGUGCUUGCCAAGACGUGGACGAGUGUCAGGCCGUCCCAGGACUGUGUGCUGGAGGGAACUGCAUUAACACCGUGGGCUCCUAUGAGUGCAAAUGUCCCGCGGGUCACCGGCAAAGUGAGACCAACCAGAAGUGCGAAGAUAUCGACGAAUGUACAACCAUAUCUGGAGUGUGUGAUGGCGGGGAAUGUACCAACACGGCCGGCAGCUACGUAUGCACCUGUCCGCGGGGAUAUGUCACCAGCGCAGACGGCUCCAGAUGUGUCGAUCAUCGGCUCGGUACGUGUUUCUCGUCUUUAGCAAAUGGCCGGUGUGCUAGCGAGCUGUCCGGUCAAUACACCAAGAUGCAGUGCUGCUGCGACACUGGCCGCUGCUGGGCCCUUGGACACAUCCCAGAGAUGUGCGCCGUCAGAGGAUCUGAUGAAUACAGGAGACUGUGCAUCCAGAGGCUUCCCUUUGGCACCGGUAACGCGGCAGCGUCAUUCAUGAUGGUAACGGCGUUCUGAAUAUCGGCAUCGGCAGCUAUGGCAAAGGCCCGUCACAGAACGGAAACGGCGGAGGCUACAUUUACGGCCGCGAGCACACCAUUGGAAAUGGCAAUGGAGGCAACGGUGGCCAGAAGAUUCAGAUCAGCCAGCUGAACGAGACCACGAUCGACGUGUGCAAGCAUUUCACCAACCUGUGCCUGA